AGCGGGUGGGGAGCGGGGAAUUGGGUUUUACACUGGCCGUCCAGGCUCAGUGGGGGCCGGUCUCGCCUGGCUCUGGACCUGUACGUCGAGCAGGUGCAGGCCUGGGUAUCGGGUCAUGGAGGUGCGGCACGCCCAGCGUCCUCUGCCUCAGUUUCCCCCCUCAGUGUUUGGAGGAACUGGCCGUUCACCUACCCUUCCUCCUCCCCACCCUGGAGGGACAGAGAAAGGAAUGAAAGACCAUCCCUGCGUCUGAGCAAAAAAGGGGGUAUAAAAGCUAAAGCGUGGGUUGGGGCCGGGACACCCCCCACCCCGAACACGCGGAUAUGCCCGGGGCAUCUAAGGAAGGAGGGGGACCCAGUGGCAGAAAAGAGAUGGAAGGGCGAGGCCGGCAGUUGGGGAUUCCCACCUUGUUAGUGAAGGGCAUUCAAGAGCCAACAGAAGACCGGGAAAUGGUGGUGGCUCUUUGUGCAGUGGAAUCCCAGGAACUGGUGGUCGUUGAGGAUCUCGAUGUGUAUUUCUCCCAAGAGGAGUGUGUUAAUCUGCACCCCAUUCAGAAGGAACUCAGCUCAGAUAUCAAGCAAAACAGUUUCAUGGAUGAGCUACCACUGGCAGAAGAUGGAAACAAAGAGGAGCCUCUACAACAAGAGAAUAUAGAGAGUAUAGUACCACUAGAAGUAUCUGCAACUCUGAUUUCUGAGCUGGAAAAUGUAGCUAUUGAUAAACCAAGAAGGCCUGAAGGGAGAAGACUAGGUUUAUCCCAAGAAAAGAGACUUAUAAACCUUUCAGUUACCAUUGAAAAUCCUUCUUCAUUAAGAGAAUUAUCUCAGUGCAUAGAAAACAUAAUACUUUCUGAAAGGGAAAUUUACCUCCCAGAGCUGGGUGGAGGAGCAACCUAUAGAUGUUAUGAAUGUGGCAAAAACUUCACUAAGAGCUCUCGACUUAUUUCACAUCAGAGAAUCCACACAGGAGAAAAGCCUUAUGAAUGUGCUUAUUGUGGGAAGAGUUUUACUCAAAGAUCUACCCUUUCUACUCAUGAGAAAAUUCACCUGGCUGAAAAGCCACACCAGUGUACUCACUGUGGGAAAACUUUUCGUCGAAGUGCACAUCUUAUCCGACAUGAGACCAUCCACACGAGAGAGAAGCCCUAUAAAUGUGACCAAUGUGGGGAAAGCUUCACUUGGAACUUCCAAAUUUUGCAUCAUCAGAAAGUGCACACAGGUGGGAAGCCCUACAAAUGUCUCUUGUGUGAGAGAAAUUUCCGUCGGAACUCAGACCUUACCACUCAUCAGCGCAUCCAUACUGGAGAGAGACCCUUCAAGUGUUUAGAAUGUGGAAGAAGCUUCAGUCAGAGAUCAAACCUUAUUACUCAUAAGAGAACCCAUACAGGAGAAAAACCUUAUAAGUGUGUUGAGUGUGGGAAAAUUUUCCGCCGCAGUUCACACCUUACUCGACAUGAAAUUACCCAUAUGGGAGAGAAAUUACACAAAUGUAAUGAAUGUGGGAAAAGCUUCACUUUCUGUGCUGAGCUUGUGCGUCAUCAAAAGAUUCAUGAGAAAGAGAAGCUAUAUUGCUGUAACAAGUGCGGGGAAAACUUCAGUUGGAGAUCAGACUUUAUUACUCACCAGAAACUCCACUCAAGAGAAAACGUUAACAAAUGUCCCAAAUAUGAAAAAAGUUUCAGGCUGAAUUCUCACCUUAUUAUUAAUGAGAGAAACCACACAGAAAAGAAACGUUAUCAAUGUUCUGAGUGUGAUAAAAGUUUUUGUAAAAAUUCUGAUUUCAAUAUUCACCAGAGACUCCACACCGGAGAGAAACCUUAUCAUUGUGCCAGCUGUGGGAAGAACUUUAGUCGGAGCUCACAUCUCAGUCGGCACAGAAAGAUCCAUAUACGGGAGAACUUAUAUACCUUAUAAGGCAAUUUCCAAUAUUUUGGCUGUCUUUAACAUCUUUGGAAACUAAUGCACAUCACAUAACAAUUUUUGACAAGACUUAUGUCCUCUGGAGGGGAAAAAAAAUGCACAUUUAGUUUUGUUUUUGUCUAAGUUUUUUAGCUUGUUUUUUUGGUGAUGGUUUUACUAUUUGAAGUGCUUGAAAAAAAGUAUUUAUGAAACUAGGUAGGUGAAAUUUUGUGAUAAGAAGACAAGAUGUUAAAUUUUAUUCUGAAAUGAGCAGCAUUAAAAUGUGCUAAAGUUACCAAGGAUGGGAGAUAUCUUUUAUCCUUUGUAUAAAUUAAAGCUGUUUCCAAGAUUGCAUUUUUAUUACCACUUCUUCUCAAACAAGCAUGUGCUUCAUUAGAGUUAAGAGUCACAAAAACAUAAAACUUAGCUAAAAUGUAAAGGGUUUUUUGUUUUGUUUUUAAGGAAAAAAGCUAGGUGUGAGUUCUAUUUGUAGAGCUGAAGUUAUAUUACUUGUUGUAAUCACAUUAGUAUCAUCCAACUCUUCCUCAGUGUGUUUAUAUAUAAUAGAUUCUCAAUAAAGCUCUUUUGUUUGACUAACUUGUGGCUUUCAUAGCCUUGGAGUCUCUGCAUAUUUAUUCCUGUGCCAUUAGCU